CACCUUGGGCCUAUCAGAACCUUAGCUAUGGAAUCUGUGUCAUCUCCAAAAUUCCUCUCCACCCUUCUUCUGUUUCUAAUCCUUUCAUUUCUUCUUGCCUUGGCAUCAGCUUCACUUGCAUCCCAAGGGAGGGCCCUCCUCCAGUGGAAAGCCAGCCUCCAGAGCCAAGGAUCACUUGAAUCUUGGAACCUCGAUACCAAUCCAUGCAACUGGACUGGAAUCACAUGCAACAUCACACGUCAAGGCCGACAUGUGAUCAGGGAGGUGAAUCUGGCCCAUAUGGGUCUGGCAGGAACGCUGAAUGGACUCAACUUCUCCGCCCUGUCAUCACUUACUAGUCUCAACCUCACAUUCAACGAGCUCCAUGGAAGCAUCCCUCCCACCAUAUCUGCUCUUUCGAAGCUCACCUCUCUUGAUCUCUGCACUAAUAACUUCAUAGGGACAAUUCCACUACAAAUCAGCUCUUUGACAAAGCUCAACUCCUUCAAUCUUAGCGACAAUCAGAUAAGCGGUUCCAUCCCUCCUUGGCUAAGUAAUAUGACAAGGCUUAACUUCUUAUACCUAUCCCAGAAUAACUUUUCAGGUACCAUCCCUAAGGAAUUAGGAAGGCUCGAGAGUCUCUUGGAGUUGACAAUCUCCACCAACCAUAUAACAGGUUCCAUCCCUCCUCCUUUGGGAAAUUUAACCCGGCUUCAAUUAUUGUAUUGCUCCAACAACGGGAUAUCUGGCUCCAUCCCUCCCGAAUUAGGGAAUCUCGUAAACCUGGUUUAUUUAGACAUGGGUAAUAAUAGUCUAUGA